ACCCACUCCUCGGAACCGCUGCUCACCCAUUCUCACCGAACCGUAACGUCUAAACAGCUCCAGCAUGUCUUCGGAAGGAUUAGGCGAGACUUUGGUGAUUCGCUUCGGGCUAAUAAACGCCGGUAACAAAUAUCUGACAGCGGAGAUGUUUGGUUUUAAGAUCAACGCCUCCGCGAGCUCUAUGAAGAAAAAGCAGGUGUGGACACUGGAACAGUCCGGAGACCACGGAGACUCCAAUGCCGUGUUCAUCAAAAGCCACUUGGGUCGCUACCUCGCCACAGACAAGGACGGCAACGUGACCGCGGACAGCGAGCAACCCGGCCCGGACUGUCGGUUCCUUGUGAUCGCCCACGACGACGGCCGGUGGUCCCUGCAGUCCGAGCCCCAUGCGCGCUACCUGGGCGGGACCGAGGACCGGAUUGCGUGCUUUGCGCAAAGCAUCUCGCCUGCGGAGAAAUGGAACGUGCACCUGGCCGUGCAUCCUCAGGUGAACGUGUACAGCAUCGCGCGCAAGCGGUACGCACACCUGUGCGCCGAGAGGAACGAGCUCGCCGUGGACCGCGACGUGCCGUGGGGUGUGGACUCACUGCUCACGCUCGUGUACCUGGACCACCGGUAUCAUCUGCAGACCGCAGACAACCGCUUCCUCACGUGCAGCGGCGCGCUGACUGCCAAACCGGGCACGGGCACCGGGUUCACGCUGGAAUUUCGCGCGGGGAAGGUGGCUUUCCGGGACGCCACGGGCAAAUACAUCGCACCCAGGGGCCCCACCGGGACAAUGAAGUCAGGCAAGAGUGCGCGUGUCGGCAAAGAUGAGCUUUUUGUCCUCGAGCAAAGUCACGGGCAAGUGGUGCUCACAGCCAGCAACGAAAGAAACAUCUCCAUGCGCCAAGGGGUUGAUUUAUCAGCCAAUCAGGAUGAGGAGUCUGAUCAGGAGGUGUUUCAGAUGGAGAUGGACAUGGAGACAAAGCGCUGUGCCUUCCGAUCUUGCAAUGGGAAGUACUGGAGUCUCACCCCAAGUGGAGCGAUUCAGUGCUCUGCCUCCACGAAAUCACCCAGUUGUUUCUUUGACCUUGAGUGGAAAGGGUCAAAAGUGGCACUGAAGGCCAGUAAUGGUAAAUACAUGGCAGCCAAGAAGAACGGACAGCUGGCGGCCGCUGUGGACUCUGCAGGCGAGCAGGAGGAGUUUGUGGUGAAGCUCAUCAACCGGCCGCUGAUAGUUCUGCGUGGGGAACACGGCUUUAUUGGUUGCCGUAAGCAAGGAACCGGUACACUUGAUUCGAACCGCUCAUCAUAUGAUGUCUUCCAGUUAGAGUACAACAACAACGCUUACAGCCUCAAAGACUCGUUGGGGAAGUUCUGGACAGUGGAGGCAGACGGCUCUGUGAUUAGCAGCAGUGGAUCACCUGUCUAUUUCCACUUUGAGUUCUGCGAUUAUAAUAAAGUGGCCAUUAAGACGGAGGAAGGCAAGUAUCUUAAGGGAGACCACGCUGGGGUUCUCAAAGCCAGCGGCCAGGCGAUUGCUGGUGCAACAUUGUGGGAAUACUGAGAAACAUUCAUGAGUCUGCACACACA